AAGGGUAAAGCGAGGCUGCUCAGUUCAAAAGUGAUCGCGGUAGCCUUUCCAUCUACCAGUCCCCAGUAGUCCCAGACCACCCGAUCUUUCGACCGCAGCGAUCUCUCCGCUUAGCAGCAGUGUCCAUCGACCGAAGAGGAACCACAGACGUCACCGAGGGUUGAAUUUGCAUCGAUUCAAAAACCCCAUCAAACGCCGUUCUGGUGGCACAGCCUCCUCCAUUGGCAGUGCUCAAGCCGUGAAGCGACACGGCGUCGUUUCAAUGAGAGCGGAAAUAGAUGCCUACCGGUGGUAGAAUACGGAAGCGAUGUCGUCAGAUAGGAUACACCGCGCCGCCAAAGAUGGGCUGCUGGACGUGUUGCGGGAAGCGACCCGUUCCGAGACCAACGCCAAAGAUGUGGACGGCAUGACGCCCGUCCUGUGGGCCGCGUUCGAGGGCCAUUUCGAUGCUUUAAAACUCCUAGUCGCCCGCGGUGGGGAUCCGGACAAGGCGGAUCAGUUUGGUAAUACUGCGUUACAUCUAGCAGCAGCCAAGGGACACAUGCAAUGCGUCGACUUUCUCGUGCAGUUCGGCGUUAACAUCUACGCGCUUGACAUCGACCAUCACAGUGCGCAGGACCUGGCGGCGAUCAACAAUCGGGAUCAUAUCUUGCGGUACCUCGAUGGGGCGGCGGCAACCCUAGAAGCCACAGAUCGGAAGCGGGCUCACGAGUUCAAGGAGCAAGCCAAAAAGAAGUCCGAGAAACGAGCGCGUGAGUUCGUCAGCCGGCAGCAAAAGAUCGAGCGGGAACAGGAUGCGACGGUGCGCACGGUGCGACCGCAUCGUCCCUCGAACAUGCUGCAGGCGCUCAAACACAAACUUUGGUCCGGUAGCCAGGGUAAUCUGUUGCAAAGCCAGCGGUUGACUGAUCCCUUGCCACCGGCAUCAACCAAAUUCAGUACCCUCGUAGGCGGUGGCGCUGGUGGUACGGUGACGCGUGGUGGUGGCGCAGUCAAAAAGCGUGCUGACGCCGCGAAGGUUCGACAGCAGAUGGAAAACGGAGAUUUCAAGAUCGGCGAGAUGGAAGCGAAUGGUAAGCGGAGUGUACGAUCGAUACAGGGAUUGCGGCGGGACUCGGAAGUGCUCUACGUCGGUACAUACAGUUCGAACGAAGAGUCGAAUGCCUCGGAUCGGCGGGGCAAGCUGAAGGAUGUGUUUGAUGUCUCCGACUCCAAUGGCUGUGCGGAUGAUGAUGCGGACGAGGACAGUGGUAGUGCGGCGAGUGGCAAGUUUGGGACCAUUUCGCGUUCCCUCAGUCAGCCGGACUUCCUGGCCAACGCAACCGACGAGGUGACGGAAGAUGUAAUGCUGCAGCGUCCAUCCGGAUUAUUCAGUAGACCCUCGUUCGGCAAUCUGGCAUUUCCACGAUCGGUAUCUAACGUGUUGGCCCAGCUCGGCAACGAAAACUCGUCCAGUGCUUCCUCCGAUGGUUCGGUGAAGGCGAAACCGACAAAGGGCGCUAUCAAACCACGUUCCCAGCUCGUCAUUUCCGACUCGGAGUCAGAUGUAGAAAGCUCAGACAACGACGAAAACGAUUCGUUGGCGAUACUACGGUUUCUGGCUGCGUUCAAACUGGAGGAUUAUUAUCCGGUAUUCCAAAAGAACGAGAUCGACAUGGAAACGCUGAUGAUGCUCACGGAAACGGAUAUCAAAUCGUUGGGCCUACCGCUAGGACCGUACCGACGGCUGUGCAAUGCAAUACAGGAACGCAAGGAAGCGCUCGCCCAGCCGGGCACCAUUUCCGAUAGUCGGCUCUAAGCCAUCGAUGAAGCAGCAGCGUCUUUUGAUCGAGAGGAUUGCGAACGAGAUGCGCAUUUACAAUCACCUAUGUACAGUCUGUCAAGGGGGGCGGCGUAGCUUAACGCUUUUAAGUUUUAUUUCCUUCCGUGCAGUUCCAUCGAUACACAGAUCACGCGACGGAAGGCUGGAUUAAAUUAUUGUGAAUUUUAAAUGGUAGAACUCAGUAAAAGUUGAGACAAAACACAA